AAGACUCAUACUUUUGUGCUUUCUUUGGUCUGGUUUGGUCCUUGCACUAGUAGUCAUCUGAUGCGUCGACAGAGGCGGCAGUAAGUAUAUAGCGCAUGUCGCUCUCGGCAUUCAAUUUGUCUACACCGCAUGUGGGGAUUACACACCGCUGCUCACAUCACAGUCUCUACAUCUUCUUUUGCAGCACUCGACACAUACGAUAAUUACAAACAAAAAUGCUCCUCAACGCGAAUUCCAGCGCUAUGCCGCCACUGUAUUCAUAUCAAUAUCAAUAUCCUAGUGGUGGUCGUUGCCACCCAGUUUCCUGGCAGGCUUCAUCACUGCCACUUUCAACGACGACAACUUCUGUUUAUUCGGCGACUUCUCCUUCUUCGCCACCAUCAAAAGCAAACCGAAAACGAAUCCGACAUCGAUCGAAUAAGUCUCGAAGAAUUAUGCGUACUGCAGCUGCUGCACAGCAACUACAGCAGUCAACAGGAUCGACACACAACUUUCCUCCUUGUCCGACGAGUAUGAGUACAUUGAAUUAUCAGCCAGUCUUUCAACGAGAAGAGUCUUUUCAUUCGAGAGAUAAGAGGAUGUUUGGAGGCGAAGAUGAUGAUUCGGCUUCGGCGAUGGAACUGAGAGGUCCGAUGUUGGAUGUGGUACUGAGAUUGUUUGAUGGGGUGGAUUAUGAUGAUGAUUUAUGAGUUUCAUGGGGUUGUACGACCAGGAACAAGGCAUGGGCGGUACUUUUGCUGAAAAUUGGGGCAUUGCAAAACGACCUUUGGUCAGGCGGAAAUCUGAAUACAUCAAACGGCGUGGUCAACAGGUGUUACGGGUGGCGAAUUUGCAGCUUCUGGAUUCUACGGCGUUGGAAGGCAGCAUGAUUACGGUUGUGGCGAGUGAUUUGGAAACCUCAAAGAGGCUGAACCCAGUGGUGUAAACAGCGACACCACAUCAUUCAUACCAUACGCAAACAGAGCAGGCGCUCGAGCGGCUGUGCUAUUCUCCGCUCAGUUGAUCAGCCAUAUCUCGCCUUCAAAUCCCUCAAAUCACCUAACAUUUGCUCACGUAGCGUAGGAUUAUCAAAGAACAAUGCCGAAAU